AUGCCACCCCAAAUGGAUUAUAUGUACCAGCAGGAACCGCGGGUCCCCUCAGUGUGUUUGGAGCAGCAGGAUUCAUUAGAGCCGCUCGUCAGCUGUAUGCUGGUGGGAGAUGGAGCUGUGGGCAAAACCAGUAUGAUCGUCAGCUACACCAAUAAUGGAUAUCCCACUGAUUACAAGCAAACUGCCUUCGAUGUCUUCUGCGGACAAGUCCAAGUAGAUGGAACACCAGUACGGAUCCAACUAAUGGACACAGCUGGACAGGAGGAGUUCGAUGGCUUCCGCUCGCUGUCGUAUGCCCACAUGGACGUCUUCCUCCUCUGCUUCAGCGUGGUCAACCCUACUUCCUUCGAGAACAUUACAAAAAAAUGGAUCCCGGAGAUCCGCUCCUGCAACCCGUCCUCACCCAUCAUCCUGGUGGGCACGCAGUCGGACCUGUUGCUGGACGUGAACGUUCUGAUAGACUUGGACAAAUACAAGGUAAAGCCCGUGCUGGGCUCGCGGGCCCGGAGCGUGGCGGAGAAGAUCCGAGCCACGGAGUACGUGGAGUGCUCGGCUCUGACGCAGAAAAACCUGAAGGAAGCUUUCGAUGCCGCCAUAUUCGCCGCCAUCAAACACAAGGCCAGAAAGGCCAAAAAGAUGAGACUGUCGGACAGGCGCGCUAAAGCCUUUUCUAAAUGCAGCUGGAAAAAGUUCUUCUGCUUCAUCUGA